CAACUAACAACUCGAAGGGAACAGAGCCAGUUGUUCCAAAUAUUCUGAAAAUGGAGCUUGCCGCUAUCGCGUGUGUGGUACUGCUGGCCUUGGGACCAUGGGUCAGUGGCGAGGUCAACGAUACCAUUAGGGAUACGAUUGUGCUGCAUACGCCGCUGCAGAACUAUGAGCAGCCAUCGCUGCGCGAUUACGAGGAGUGCCAGGCGAAUCGACAGAGCUGCAUGGAUAUCUGUGGCGGGCUGGACAAGUGCGAGUCGGAGUGCCCUCUCUGCCCGGAGCUUACGGAUGAGCCGCUGCUGGUGCAGGGUGUCAACGAUACCAGCUACGUGCCACUGGCACAGCCAGCCCUGAACACCACGAAUAUCAUAAGGCUGACAAACGAGAUUAACAAUAUUAUCAAGAAUAACAUUCAGGGCCGCAACGAGGUUAAUGUCAAGGUGCAUCAGAAUGUCUCCCAGGUGGGCGGCCGCUUCGGACUGGGCUACAAUGAGCAGGGCUCGUGCUGCUAUGUGGUGCGCCGAGAGCGAGACUGCGAGCACAAGGAGCACUGCAGGGAGCACUCGCGUCAUCGGGUUUGUGGCGAGCGUUGCCAAGCGCGGGUGAUGCACGCGAAGCGUGUGGUCAUCUGCGAGAAGGAUCAGCCAGAUGUGUGCCAGGAGACCGUGGAGUAUGUUCCGGUUCACCGACGCAGGUCCAAGCCACGAAAGCAAGCCCGAACCCGAAGCCCAGCCCGAUCCCAAUCGCAAUCCCAAGCUCCACGCUGUAAUUACAUGAACGCUUGGCCCUAUGUUGCCUGUGGCCAGAAUCCGAACAGCAUUCGUUUGAAACGUAGCAGCUGCCAAAAUUGCUUGCAAAUGAGCUAUGGCUACAUCUUGCAGAACGGGCUGCCAGCCGGCUGCUCCGGCUGUUUUGCAAAUUACGGGGCCCUAUUGAUACCCUCGCCGCUUUUGUAUGCGCCCCAUCCAUAUCCAAACUUUUUCUAUAACUAUCAGCCGCCGCCAAUGUACGAGGAUCAGGGCCAGGAGCAGGAAGCAGAGCAGGAGGAGGAGCAGGAAGAGGACACUGCCCAGGACAAGGAGCUGGACAAUGACACCGAUACCGACAGCGGUUGGGUGCUGGAAUCGGAAAAGUGUGUGGGCGCCGAUGGCCAAUUGGAAGAUUGCAAGAGCGGCGGCAAUGGUAACGAAGUGCCCAAACAUAAGCCUUCGCCUCCAGCGCACUUGGAGGAUGACUCAAAGGACUAUGACUACGAUCCGGGCUACGAUGUGCCCGCCCAGCGCCGACGACACCGCCAAAGUAAUGGCAAGUUUAUACGUUCUUUAUACAGCCGCCACACUGGCAAAUAAGCAACUACCUCAGCCACCCUAGGAUUUCCAGCUGCACAGCCAACGAGUCCAAACCGCUUUUCAAUUUUAAGAAGUUAAAAAAGUAGAAUAAAAUACAAGAAAAGAGAACUACUAUUAAAAAUUGCAUGGCGCUUAGGUAAUAAAAAAAAUUUGACCGGAUGGCGAUGAUUGACUUCUAAAAUCGCUAGGAAUAUAAAUACAUA